CUAGCUGGCAUUGUAUUGGUUUUUAUUGCUGAGAAUUCUUAGAAGUUCCCUUUCAUACUCUCUUGCACGCUUUAAAAUUUAUCGUAUCAACUUGUAUUCAAGGUCAUGAAAUUCUUCUUGCGUACAGUUACUGUGUAAUUGAUAGAUCCUGACCUAUUUGAAUGUUAAAGCUCUGUUUCCAUAUUUCUUUGAUUUUUAACAUUCCUCAGUGUACAGAAUUUGAUUAUGUGUAUUUGCUUUAAAAAAAGCUAGCCACUGGAUUGUAAAAGAAUAUGUGGGGUUUGGCUUGUUCCGUAAAAUAUCCGGAGUUGCUCAGUCCACUUUUUUUUAUCUUGCAAGGGUAACUAAAUAGUUGUUGUAUAAUACACAAAUUCAUAAUAAAGUGAAUACUGCCUCUUAUUAACACUGAAUUUCAAAAACAAUGUUUAACCCUGGUAAUUUAGGCAUUGCUGAUGAUUUGAGGAAAUACUAACUGGUUAAUCUAGGUCAUUGUGUAAGCAUGGGUGCUGGCAUUUUUUGGGACCUGCAUCACUCUCCUGAGUUGUUUUCCAAUGAGCUAGUCUAAUUUAAUUGCCUUGUAGUGAGAUCCUUGCUCAGGGAGUCAUGAAAUAAUUAAUAAUAAUAACACAGAGCUGUUGUAUAGUGCUUGCAAUACCUACAAAUGAAUGCAUAAUGUCUGUCAUUUUUGCUGAUGGCUGUUGACUAAUACUACUCCAGUGCCAUCUUCGCACAACCUCUCUUCAUGUGUGUUCUCAGUUCCUAGCAGACCAGCAGUUAAAAUCAGACUGCUGUGAGUAGACCCUGUAUAUGUGUGUGUGCCUGCAUGCGUUUGUGCUGGUUAUUGGUUUCCUUUCAGCAGUGAAGGGAUCUCAGCUGUACCACUGGCUCUGAUAGCAGAUUUCAUGCCACUAACCACAAUUUGUCUGCAGACUUUCAUGGAUCACAGUGGAGCAAUAACAGAAAAGGUGUCUGUUUUCCUGUCCAUGAAAUUUUUGAUGUUAAGUCUCUAUUUCUGAAGGGUUAUAUCUUGUUAUAUUCACAAUCUGUGCAUACAUAUCAGAAGUCCUGAAAUGGUGUUCUGCAGUGUUCACUAUGAAAACGACACAUGAGUCUGCCACGCUUCUUAGACUUUGGAUAUUUAUUGGUGGUUUUUUGGGUGAACCAGAGGGCUCCGGGGUGGAUUAGAGCAAAUGAACUUCAGUCCAACCACGGGGAAGACUACAGCUGGCAGAGAGGUAAAGGCAAGCGUGUUCAGCCCCCCUGGUCUCCCCCUGAAGGGACAAAACAUUCUAGGCUCUGCCUCUACAACAGCCUGACUCGCAAUAAGGAAAUAUUUCAACCUCAGAAUGGAAAAAAGGUGUUGUGGUAUUGCUGUGGUCCAACAGUUUAUGAUGCUUCUCACAUGGGACAUGCCAGGUCAUACAUCUCAUUUGAUAUCCUGAGAAGAAUCUUGAGGGAUUAUUUUAAAUAUGACAUUUUCUAUUGCAUGAAUAUUACAGAUAUUGAUGAUAAGAUCAUCAAGAGAGCAAGACAAAAUUACCUUUUUGAACGAUAUAAGGAGAACAAAUCAGCGCCAGCUCAGCUACUCGAAGAUGUUAAAACUGCCUCAGAGCUCUUUUCAGUUAAAUUAAAUGAGACAACAGAUCCAGACAAAAAACAAAUGUUGGAAAGAAUUCAAAAUGCGGUGAGAUCUGCUUUUGACCCUCUACAAGAAGCUGUGCAAGCAAAACUCCCUGCAGAAGAGAUCAACAGAUGUCAUGAGAUACUGUUGGAAGAAGCCAAAGAUUUGCUGUCUGACUGGUUGGACACAAAAUUUGGCAGUCAGGUGACUGACAAUUCCAUAUUCUCAAAACUCCCUAAAUUUUGGGAAGGGGAAUUUCAUAAAGAUAUGGAAGCGCUCAAUGUUUUACCUCCAGAUGUUUUAACACGGGUUAGUGAAUAUGUGCCAGAAAUUGUAGAUUUUGUGAAAAAGAUUGUGGAUAAUGGUUACGGAUAUGUGUCCAAUGGAUCUGUAUACUUUGAUACUAUGAAGUUUGAUUGCAGUGAAAAACACUCCUAUGCUAAGUUGGUUCCUGAAGCUGUAGGUGAUCAAAAAGCUCUUCAAGAGGGUGAAGGUGACCUGAGCAUCUCAGCUGAUCGCUUAAGUGAGAAGCAUUCUCCAAAUGAUUUUGCUUUGUGGAAAUCAUCCAAGCCAGGAGAGCCCUCAUGGGAUUCUCCAUGGGGAAAGGGUCGUCCAGGCUGGCACAUUGAAUGUUCCGCAAUGGCUGGAUCCAUUUUAGGAGAGUCGAUGGAUAUUCACGGAGGAGGGUUUGAUCUCCGAUUUCCCCACCAUGACAACGAACUGGCACAGUCUGAGGCAUACUUUGAAAACGAUCACUGGGUUCGGUAUUUUCUGCAUACUGGCCACUUAACAAUUGCUGGCUGUAAAAUGUCUAAAUCUUUGAAGAAUUUCAUUACCAUAAAAGAUGCACUGAAGAAACAUACAGCACGACAGUUACGGUUGGCUUUCCUCAUGCACUCUUGGAAGGAUACACUGGAUUAUUCAAAUAAUACCAUGGAGUCAGCUAUUCAGUACGAGAAGUUUAUGAAUGAGUUCUUUUUAAAUGUGAAGGAUAUUCUUCGAGCUCCCACUGAUGUGACAGGCCAGUUUCAGAAAUGGGAAAAUCAGGAAGCAGAGCUGAACAAAAAUUUUUACGACAAGAAGGCAGCAAUUCAUGAAGCACUGUGUGACAAUAUUGACACUCGCUCUGUCUUAGAAGAAAUGCGUUCGUUAGUCAGCCAGAGUAACUCCUAUAUUGCUGCAAAGAAAUCCUCCAGACAAAUGCCAAACAGACUUCUCUUAGAAAACAUCAGUUCCUAUCUCACUCAAAUGCUAAAGAUUUUUGGUGCCAUAGAAAGUGAUGAUGCAAUUGGUUUUCCUGUUGGAGGGAACAGUCAAAACAUAAGUAUUGAAUCUACAGUGAUGCCAUACCUACAAGUUCUUUCUGAGUUCAGAGAAGGAGUGCGACAAAUUGCCAGAGAAAAGAAAGUGACUGAAGUGCUGCAGUUGAGUGAUGCUCUUCGAGAUGACGUCCUUCCUGAACUUGGUGUUCGAUUUGAAGAUCAUGAAGGACUUCCAACUGUGGUUAAAUUAGUGGAUAAGGACACAUUAUUGAAAGAAAGAGAAGAAAAGAAAAAGAUUGAAGAAGAGAAAAAAAGGAAGAAAGAAGAAGCAGCCAGGAAAAAACAAGAGCAGGAAGCAGCAAAACUGGCAAAAAUGAAGAUUCCACCACAUGAACUGUUUAAAUCAGAACAUGACAAAUAUUCCAUGUUCGAUGAAAAUGGAUUUCCCACCCAUGAUACAGAAGGCAAAGAACUCAGCAAAGGACAAAUCAAGAAGCUAAAGAAACUUUAUGAAACCCAAGAAAAACUAUACAAGGAGUAUCUACAAAUGGUUCAAAAUGGAAGUGCAAAUUGAAAACAACAGGACUUUUUUUUAGAAGGCGAGUGCUGGGUCACCAUUGAAGAAGUGAGCAUAUACUGAUGCUCAAAUUUCUGUUUACACUUUCUAUUACAUGCAAAGUAAAAAUCCUGUUUACGUGGAUUAAUAAUGUCAUCUGGAAAGUAAAUAAAAAAAAUCAUUCUUAAAAAAAGCCAACAUGUAAGAAGUUUCUUUGCAACAACAGUAGCAGGUUGAAUGGUUGCUGGUUCUAUUUGGGAAGGUGCUGCUCAGUCAGCAAAUUCACAUAAGGAUUCUUGUUUAUUAUAGCUUUGGUUAAUUUGUCCUGCAUACUGAUAUCUAUCUAAAACCCAGAGUAGCUUGCAUUGUGGAAUAUGUCACAGUCAACAAAAUUUACUACUAAAUGGGAGCUGAGUAAUUUAUCCCACAGUAAGAACAGUAUUUUCCAGAUGACUUUAGUAUCUUUACAUAAGCAGGAAAAACUGGGUAGUUCCAUUAUGAUACUUACUCUAGCUGCUGUUAUUAAAAACUCUCUUAAGUAUACCCAGAACACUUUGCAUAGUAGAAGCUAACAGUCCCUUUGUUGCAAAAGGAAACAGAUCAUUAUCUUUGCUCAACCUGCAGUUGCAAUCAAGUGGGUAAGUACAAGGCAAAUGCACCUGCACUGAACAAACAGGUGGGGAAGACUUGAAGGGCUAAUGGUGCGCUCCUGGAGCUAUCCUUCCAAGGAAAUAGGAAAGUACCUGAUUACCCAAAGUACUCAGUACCUAAUUACCUGGUCAGAGCCAAAGGGAAUUAACAGAGGGUUUCUUACCGAGAUACAGUUUGUGGAUUCGUUUGCAAUUAGGAAAUACAGCUAUAAAUUGCUUGUUAUUCAAGACUGAUGUUUUUAACAUGACAAUUUAACCCUGAGUUAAUAAACUUUCUGAUGUAGUAUGGUCACAUUAUGCCUGCAAGGACAGUUCUCUGUUGCCUAAUAAUGUAUUUCACUGGCAGUAGCUACUUCAUGAAAUCCUAAAAAAUAUCUCACCUACUUCACAACUGCAUAUAACAGCUAAGUGUCGGAUAUGAAGAACUAUAUUCAUCAAGUAUUCUUAAGCCUCAAGGUGACUUGCAGAAGGUCAUACUGUGAUACCUCUGUUCUCUCAACUCUUAAGUUCAUGUUAUAACCAUUAGGCUAUGUUCCUUUCCUUAAUUAAGAGUUAAUAAAUCUUUGCUUUAUAUUUUUAUAUUUAUGUAACAUAUUUGGAGUAACAGAAAGGUCUAGUAGUAUUUUUUCUAGUUUGUCUGUAUUUGCCUUUGAAAACAUAAGUAAUGUUAAGGUCAGUAAAGCACAUGCAUCUUGUAUACAGAAAAUAAAAUCUGUUGUAAAG